GCGGGCGGGCCGUGAGGUCGUGAGGGAGUGGAGGAGCCGGGGAGGAGCUCCUUAAAGAAACGCCGCUGUCGCUCGCCGGCUCGCUUUUUCGCUCGGCUUUGUGGCCAGCCAGCCGGGCGCUCGGGGGGCACGCGCGGCCGCCGCUCGAGCUCUGCCCCCACCCCGCCCGCCCGCCCGCAGACCCGGGGUGGGGACCCAGGCGGGGGCUCCUGCAGCAGCUGCCCGGUGCCGACGGCGCGCGGCCACCCGGUCCUCCCCGGCGCCGAGGAAGGAGCGACACGGAGCCCUGUGCAGCCGGCCGGCCUCCCCGCCUCUGACCACCCGCUUCCCGGCUGCCUUUGUGGCCGCAGCUGCCGGCCGCCGAGCCACCAGGGCCGGCGGGGGCGCGGCGCGCACGGCCGCGCGAUGCCCAGCUCGCUGUUUGCCGACCUGGAGCGCAACGGCAGCGGCGGCGGAGGGGGAGGCGGCGGAGGGGGAGGCGGCGGCGGCGGCGGCGGCGGGGAGACCCUGGACGACCAGCGAGCCCUGCAGCUCGCGCUGGACCAGCUCUCCCUGCUGGGGCUGGACAGUGACGAGGGCGCGCCUCUGUACGACAGCGAGCCGCGCAAGAAGAGCGUGAACAUGACCGAGUGCGUGCCGGUGCCCAGUUCCGAGCACGUCGCCGAGAUCGUGGGGCGGCAAGGUUGUAAAAUCAAAGCGCUGCGGGCCAAGACCAACACUUACAUCAAGACCCCAGUGCGCGGGGAGGAGCCUGUCUUUGUUGUGACGGGCAGGAAGGAGGAUGUGGCCAUGGCCCGCAGAGAGAUCAUCUCCGCGGCCGAGCACUUCUCCAUGAUCCGCGCCUCGCGCAACAAGAACACGGCGCUCAACGGCGCGGUGCCGGGGCCGCCCAACCUGCCGGGCCAGACCACCAUCCAGGUGCGGGUGCCCUACCGCGUGGUGGGGCUGGUGGUGGGGCCCAAGGGCGCCACGAUCAAGCGCAUCCAGCAGCAGACGCACACGUACAUUGUGACGCCCAGCCGCGACAAGGAGCCGGUGUUCGAGGUGACCGGCAUGCCGGAGAACGUGGACCGCGCCCGCGAGGAGAUCGAGGCGCACAUCGCGCUGCGCACCGGCGGCAUCAUCGAGCUCACGGACGAGAACGACUUCCACGCCAACGGCACGGACGUGGGCUUCGACCUCCACCACGGGUCCGGCGGGUCCGGCCCGGGCAGCCUAUGGAGCAAGCCGACGCCCAGCAUCACGCCCACGCCCGGCCGCAAGCCCUUCUCCAGCUACCGCAACGACAGCUCCAGCUCGCUGGGCAGCGCCUCCACGGACUCCUACUUCGGCGGCGGCGGGACCGGAGGCGGCAGCGCGGGCGCCACCCCGCGCCUGGCUGACUACAGCCCCCCCAGCCCCGCGCUCAGCUUCGCGCACAACGGCAACAACAACAACAAUGGCAACGGGUACACCUACGCGGCCGGGGAGGCCUCCGUGCCGUCGCCCGACGGCUGUCCCGCCGAGCUGCAGCCCGCCUUCGACCCGGCGCCCGCGCCCCCGCCCGGGGCGCCCCUCCUCUGGGCCCAGUUCGAGCGCUCCCCUGGCGGCGGCCCCGCGGCGGCGGCGGCGCCCGUAUCCUCCUCCUGCUCGUCCUCGGCUUCCUCAUCGUCCGCUUCCUCGUCGUCCGUGGUCUUCCCCGGGGCGGGCGCCGGCGCCGGCGCGCCCUCCAACGCCAACCUGGGGCUGCUGGUGCACCGCCGGCUGCACCCGGGCGCCAGCUGCCCGCGCCUGUCUCCGCCCCUGCACAUGGCGCCGGGGGCCGGCGAGCACCACCUGGCCCGCCGGGUGCGCAGCGACCCGGGCGGGGGCGGCCUGACCUACGCCGCCUACGCCAACGGGCUCGGGGCGCCGCUGCCCGGCCUGCAGCCGGCGGACACGUCGGGCUCGUCGUCGUCGUCCAGCUCCUCGUCCAGCUCGUCGUCGUCGUCCUCUGGGGGGCUGCGGCGCAAGGGCAGCCGCGACUGCUCCGUGUGCUUCGAGAGCGAGGUGAUCGCCGCGCUGGUGCCCUGCGGCCACAACCUCUUCUGCAUGGAGUGCGCCAACCGCAUCUGCGAGAAGAGCCAGCCCGAGUGCCCGGUCUGCCACGCCGCGGUCACUCAGGCCAUCCGCAUCUUCUCCUGAAAGCGGCGCGCCCCCUUCCCCCCGGCCCGGCCCUGCGCGCCCCCUGCAGCGCGCACCGCAGGGCAGCCGCAGCCCCCAGCGCCCUGCCCGGUCCCCGCACACUCUGCGAUCCGAGAGAGAGAGGAGCUGGGAGAGCUGUGGUAUCUGCUCUUUCUCUCUCUCUCUUUUUUAAAAUUGGAUUUAAAAAAAAAAAAAAAAACCCA